AUGUUCCGUGCAGCCUUUCAAAACGUGGACUUGUUUUGGGUGAUUUUGCUUUAUUUUGUUUUCCUACCGGAGACCGGCUGUAGAUCAGCCGAUGCAGACAGCUGUCAUGAGGUGAAGACAGCCUACAUGAUGCGCCAAAUAGGCCCCGUGGAGUUGGUGCCAGACAAACCGGGAACAGAUGAGUCGCUCCGAGUGUGUAUCAACCCUGGGCCCACUUGCUGUACGAGUAAGAUGGAGGACAGCUACAUGGCAGCUGUUCGCAGUGAGACGCAGCAAAAGAUGCAGUCUUACAGCUUCGAACUCAAGUACCUGAUCGCUGGACACACCAAGGCCUACCAAGAGACCUUUGAGUCGCUCGUGUCCUUCACAUCUAACCUGACCAGCUCUCUGUUCGACAGCGCCUACUCCGCUCUGGCAUCCGACUGUCGCCCCCUUGUGUUGCAGCUGUUCAGCGACAUCAAACGCCAACUCUCCGGAGACUCCGAUUCCUCACUGGACAACACUGUGCGUCGAUUCUACAAUGAUCUCUUCCCUUUGGUUUACCGCCGUCUGCUCAACCCUGGGAUUGGCCACAUGUCAUUCCAGUCCUAUUCCUCCACCUCCACCACUCAUGAUGAUUGCCUAAGGUUGACGCGGCAAGAUGUCAGCCCGUUUGGACCCCAUCCUCGCCUCCUGGUCAGCAGCCUGUCCCGUGCGCUCCGGGCAGGUCGGGCAUUGAGCCGACUGCUCAGACUGGCUGGAGAGGUUGUGAAUGUGACCGAGAAGGCUACGUUAUCAAGAGAGUGUGGCCGAGGGUUAGUGAGGAUGCAGUACUGUUCCCACUGCAGAGGGCUAACACUGAUACGGCCCUGCACGGGACUGUGUGUUAACAUUAUGAGAGGAUGUCUGGUGGGUGUAUCAGAGCUUGGUGCCCCCUGGGGGAGUUUGGUGGUAUUGCUCCAACGGUUAGCCGCCACUUUAGCAACAAGCAGCAACCACAACAGCAUGGAGUUGGCACUGCUAGCGGUCCGAAACCAUGUGAAUGAUGCCAUACUGCACGCUCAGCUGCACGGGCCACGCAUUACAGCCACAGUAGAGAAGGUCUGCGGUCCCCAGGCAGCUGGUCCCUUGAUGUCGAGUGCAAACCCCACCGCCUCCCAUAUUACAACCACGGUGACUCCUGCUACAUCACUAACCUCAGAGAAGUCAUCUGUGACUUCACCUCCCUCGGCGGGCCCUGCUGCUCAUCAGCGUCUGCAGCGGAAAUCCCGGAGGCUGUUUCCUCUUAAAGGUUCCAGAGGUGACAAGAGUCAAAGCCUGAAGAAACUGUCUAGGGAGUUUGAGGGCUCUAUCCAGCGGUACCAGUGGUUUUUCUCUGAGCUGCCAGAGAUGCUUUGUGAGAGUGAGAUGGAGGUUGAGCAGCACACAUGCUGGAGUGGCCAAGACGUUGCAGAGAGUUAUGCAGGUCGUGUGGUUGGCAGCUCUUUAAAAGCCCAGAGGGAGAACCCAGAGAUGACUGUCCGCAAUACAGAUCCUGCCCUGAAGGGGGCUAAACAGAGACUGGAGCAGCUAACACAGGAGCUGUUAGUGGAGCUUGGGUGGGUGAGCAGAGCCAGAGGAAGAGGGGAAGAAGAGGAGGGAGGGAGCGCACAGACAGACAGAGGCAGUGGAAGCGACUGUGAUGAUGAAGAUGGCUGUGAAGCGUCUGGUGAGGAGAACGAUGAUGAUGCAGCUGAUUCAUCCAGUGGUCAUAGUCCGGAGAUGAAGAACGUGGCUCCUGCUCCCCCUCGUCGCCCUGUCCCUCCUCAUCACCUCUCACCUCCACAGGUGGCUGUCCGAGGCUCAGCCCACUCAAUCGCUGUUGAACCCUUACCUUUGACCCUGAUGACCCUGCUCCUCCUACUGCUGCCAGCAUGGGAACCACGCUGA